AUGUUUUUUAUUUUGUUAUCAUUUUUGCCUUACUUGACUAAAGGAGAUUGGAUACAAAUUGACUCAAGUUUUUAUGAUACAACAGUCUCAAGUAAUAAUUGGAAAACAAGAAAGGAUUGUUCAUGCAGUAGUAGUUGUGGUGAAGAUUUUGAAUGGGGAUAAUGCUCUUCUAAUUCCUUAUAAUACAAUGAAUUAAGAAAAGACAGGGAAAGAAUUGAAAAAUAAUUUAGAUAACAGAGUUUUUAAGUUUAAGUAAUUUUUGAUGCUUAUUUAAAUCAUGCUGAUACAUCAAAGGAUACUGAUUUAGAUGUUACUUAUUAAGAGGAAUCUUCCUCUUCUACUAUAGAUUUAUAUACAAACCAUUAUAAAGCAUCUGACCUGAAUUAAUAAUCUAACAGAAUAUGCACAGGAGGUGGAGAUUAUGAAUUUGAUUUAUAUACAGUUGUAAGUACAAUAAUUACUAACACUGCAAAUGAAUUUACAAUCACAUUUUGUUUAGAUCCAGAAGAUGAUGAAGAUACUGUUUUUAUUAGGAAUUUAUUAAUAUAUGUGAAUGUUUGUUAUCCAACAUGUAAAACUUGUUCAAGUUCUACUAUUUGUUCAUCAUGUUAUUAUAAUUCAGUAUCAUCUGGUACAUGUGGAUGCGAUCCUUCUCAUAAAUAUGCUCAAACAGGAGUUGGAUGUCGUUAAGAAUGUGAAAGAGAUUUUUAUAUAGCAAGAUCAGAUAAUAUAUGUGUUCCUGAUAGAAGGAUUAAAUCUAGUUAAAAAUAUUUUGAUUCUAGCUCUAUAUCAUCAUCUGAUUCUCCUAGAUAUUAACCUUUUGUUUUUAUUCCAGAUAUAUUUCAUUAUCAAAAUACUGAUUUAGUUUAUGAGGAUUGUGACAAUAAUGAUUUUGUUGGAGAAUUAUAUUUUAAUGAAGGAAUGUAAUUAUCAUUAGGUAAGACUAAUGCAAUUAAAUUUAUAAGAUUAAGAGUUACUUUUUAUUGUUUUAAUUUAUAAACCAAUAGCAAAAUUUAAUUUUUUGUAGAUAAUAUAUAGUCAGGAGAAUUAAUAAAAAUUUCAGGAGCAUAUUAAUAUAAUAAUAUUGUUAAAAUUUUUGCAGAUUCUAAUUCUUGUGAUUCUAAAUCAUAUACAUUAAUAAGAAUUGAGGCAAUUUUCAAGACAUUUUCUGAAAAUCCAUAAUUAAUUUUUUUAGGGAAAUUAUAAGAUUCUAGUGAAUCAUGGGGAUUUAGAAAUGUUACUAUCGAUUCUGGUUUAUGCAAAGAAAACUGUAAAAUUUGUUCAGAUUUUUCUACAUGUUCUUAAUGUGAAUCAGGAUAUAUUUUAUAUUAAAAUGGAUGUGUCAGUAGUUGUCCAGUUUAUUCUGCGGAUUGUAUAGAUUAUGCGGAUAUUAUACCAUGUAACAAUAAUACUUAAAAUAGAUUCAAGAUAUUUAGCAAAAGGAUUUUAUGAUUUAAACAUGACAUAUAAUGAUGUUUAAUCUUUUUUUACUACAGUUACUACUACUGGUAAUAACCUAAAGACAGGUUAGAAGUUUUCAUUCUUUCCCAAUAAAUUUGUAUUAGGAGGAGUCAUGGUAUGGAGAGAUGCAAAAUAUGAAAAAUCAUGGUUUAUUUCAGAACCUCACUAUGCAAUCACUAUAAGAUUUAAUCUUACUUAUGGAGAUGAGUAUUCUGGAAAUUUUUAUUAUAAAAUUGGAACAUCAACUAGUAGUGCUUAUCCAAAGCCUAGCAGCGGAUACAAUUUUAUUGGUAAUUAUAAAGAAGAGAGAAUUAGACACUUUGAAAUUUAUGAAAAUCCUUUUAAAGACAAUACUUUAGAUUUAGAAUUAUAAUGUACAGGAGGUGAUUCAGAUUUUAGAGAAGAAUUUUGUGCUAUUUCUGAGUAUUUUAUUGUUGUACAUUAUGUAAGAUAUUUAAUUAAAAUUAGUGCCCUCCAUUUUGUGAAGAUUGUUCUAGUGCAACAAUAUGUAUUACUUGGGAAUCAGGACACUCUGAUUCCUCUUGCUUAUCUAAUUAAUUUUUAUCAUUUGAUUCAAGUACAUAGAUCUAUAGUUGUGUAACAUGUAGUUAAACUGGUUGUUUAACAUGCAAUAAUUUAGAGGAUUGUACAUCUUGUACUUAUACUUCUACAAAUAAAUUUUAUUUAAUAAAUGGUAUAUGCUAAUGCUAUCCAUUUACUUAUCUUUCUGGAAGUUAAUGUACUUCAUGUAAUAAACACUGUGAAAAUUGUAAUGGAGUUGGAUAGAACGAUUGUGUUACAUGUGUUUCUGAUUUUCAUAGAUCAAUCUCAUUUAAUUAAUGCUUAUGUUAACCUGGCUUUUAUGAUGAUGGAGUUAAUUUGCCUUGUCUUCCUAUCUGUGGAGAUAACAUAAUAGUAGAUGGAGAGGAUUGUGAUGAUGGAAAUUAUAAUCCAUUUGAUGGAUGCCAUAAUUGUUAGUUUAGUUGCGAUUUUGAAUGUAGUAUAUGUGUAAGAGGUAUUUGUGAAGAUUGUAAUACUGGAUUUUAAUUAAUUGAAAACAAAUGUGUGAGUAUAUGUUCAGACAAUAUUAUAGUAUAUAAUGAAGAAUGUGAUGAUGGUAAUUUAAUUCCAUAUGAUGGAUGUUUUAAUUGUAAAUUUUAAUGUAUAAAACAUUGUAUUACUUGUACAUUUGGUAUUUGUACAAAAUGUGAUGAAUAAAAUGGAUGGUAUUUAGAAGAUAAUCUUUGUUAACCAAAAUGUAAUGAUGGUAUAAUUACUCUUGAAUAAGAAUAAUGUGAUGAUCUUAAUGAAAAUCCAAAUGAUGGUUGUGAUAAAUGUGAAUAUUCAUGUAUACCAAAUUGUUUAUAAUGCUAAAAAGGUAAAUGCACAUAAUGCAAUUCUGGUUACACAUUAUAAUCAAAGAUUAAUAUUUGCACUCCUAUUUGUGGAGAUGGAAUGUUAGUUAGUAAUGAAAUAUGCGAUGAUGGAAAUAUCAUUUAAUAUGAUGGAUGUUUUAAAUGCUAAUUAAGUUGUUAGGAUUCAUGUUCAAACUGUUCAUAUGAAGGAUGUUUAUAAUGCAAUAAAAUUGGAUGGAUAUAUAAUCCUUUAAAGAAGAAAUGUGAAACAAUUUGUGGAGAUGGAAUUAUAAUAAAAGGUUAUGAGGAAUGUGAUGAUUUAAUAGAUAUAAAUUGCUAUUAAUGUAAAUAUUAGUGUUAAGAAUCUUGUAAAUUUUGUUAUCUAGGAUCUUGUUUGAGAUGUAAAAAAGGAUGGGUUUUGAAUUCACUGGAAAAAUAUUGUUAUCCAAUUAAUGGAGAUUCUUUAAUUGUUGGAAAUGAAUAAUGUGAUGAUUAUAAUUCUUUAUCAAAUGAUGGUUGCUAUCUCUCCUAAUAUCAAUGUCAAGAGUCAUGUUUGAAUUGUUAAUAUGGGAUAUGUCAAAAAUGCUAAAAUGGAUAUUAAAUAGCUUUUAAUAAAUGUUAUGAAAUUAAUGAUGAUGGUAUUGUGAUUGGGAAAGAGUAAUGUGAUGAUAAGAACUUAAUAGCUUAGGAUGGUUGUUUUUAAAACAGAUUUGAUUGUCCACGAUAUUGUUCUUCUUGUGUUUAUGGAAUAUGUCAAAAAUGUCUCAGCUCUUCUGGUUAUGGUAAAGUAGAUUAAUUUAAAAAUUAAUGUGUUUCCUUUUGUGGAGAUGGAAUAAAAUCAUUGGAAGAAGAGUGUGAUGAUGGAGAUGAUUAACCUUAUGAUGGAUGUUUUAAUUGUUAAUAUUCUUGCGAUCCUUAUUGCUAUAUAUGUAAUGAAGGAAAAUGCGAUUAAUGUUUAAAUGGAUAUUAUUUAAAUGUUAAAACUAAUACUUGUUUUAGUGUUUGUGGUGAUGCUAUAAUAGCUUUUAAUGAAUAAUGUGACGAUGGAAAUAAGAUUAGUGAUGAUGGAUGUUCUGAUUGUAAUUAUUAAUGUCAUAAAUAAUGUACAACUUGUUUAGAUGGUCUUUGUUAUUAAUGUACUGGAAUUGGUUGGGAAAUCAAUACAUUGACAAGAGAAUGCUAGCCAGUUUGUGGAGAUGGUAUUGUAAUAGGAAAUGAAUAAUGUGAUGAUGCUAAUGAUAUUGGAGAAGAUGGUUGUUAUCAAUGUUAUUUUGAAUGCUAAAAAUAAUGUACAAAAUGUUUAAAAGGGUUUUGUGAGGAAUGCAAUACUAAAGGUUGGCAAUUGGAUUGGAAUUAUUGUAUUCCUAUUUGUGGAGAUAAACUUAUAAUAGGAAAUGAAGAAUGUGAUGAUGGAAAUUCAAUUCCAUAUGAUGGAUGUUUUGAAUGCAAAUAUCAAUGCUAACCAGAAUGUACUGAUUGUUAAUUAGGCAUCUGUUAUUAAUGUGGAGUUUAAGGAUGGGAUAUAGAAAAUCAUGUAUGUUUUCCUGUUUGUGGAGAUGGAUAUGUUGUUAAAGGAUAGGAACAAUGUGACGAUGGUAAUUCUAUUGAAUUUGAUGGUUGUUUUAUGUGUUAAUAUUAGUGUGAAGAGAUGUGUACUACUUGUGAGUUAGGUAUUUGUUAUGAAUGUGAUAUUUUUGGUUGGAUAAUUGAAUAACAUAAAUGUACUCCAUAUUGUGGAGAUGGAGUUGUUAUUGGAUAUGAAUAAUGUGAUGAUAUGAAUGAAGAUUUUAAUGAUGGUUGUUAUCAGUGUAAAUUAGCUUGUGAUUAAUAUUGUUUAGACUGUUAGGAAGGAGUGUGUUUAAAAUGUGAAUUGGGAAGAUAUAUAGAGUAAAAUAUUUGUAUAGCUUAAUGUGGAGAUGGUUACUUUGUGAAAUCUGCUGAAGCAUGUGAUGAUGGCAAUUAUGAUGAUGGAGAUGGUUGCAAUUCAUAAUGUUUAAUUGAAAACGAUUUUGUAUGUUUUAACAAUGAGGGAACUUUCUCCAAUUGCUUUUAUUCUAAAUAACCAUCUUUUACGAUCAAUCUAUUAACAAAAAAUCCAGAAGAUUUUGAGGAUGUAUAAGUCAAAUUUGAUUAAAAAAUGAAAUAUGCUAGCAAAAUAAAUAAUGACAUUUAAAAUUUCCUAACAACAGACAUUACUAAUAUGGAAAAUAGUGAAUUUUAAAUUACUUUGUCUGUAAUGAAGGCAAGUCCAUCAGAUGAAAUUACUGAAAUUAUUCUUAAUUUUAGAAUUAAUUUCUUUGUACCUGUUGAUAACCCUGUUUUCAAAAUUAUAUUUCUUGAAGACCCUAUACUCUCUGAAUUUAACUUGUCUCUUAAAGAGUCUUCAGGAACAUUAGUCUUGCUUACCCCAUCAGUUUUAAGUUAAGCAUAAAAAGCUAUUGCUGAAAGUGCUUCAGCCUUCAAUUAAGCUGUUAUCUACUCUUUAGCAGGUAUAUCCACUAUAUGUUUGCUUACAGGCUCUUCAGAUAUCUUUUGGAAUCUCAUGGAUUAACUGUAAUACUUAUCCUAUGUUAAAUACAUCGAUAUUCAAUUUCCAAACAAUCUUAAUAUCUAUUUUGAUGUUUUUAAAUUGAUUACUAUUUCUCCUUUAAUGUCAACAUUAGGAAUUGAUAAAUUUUUUAAUUCUUUAGAUGGAGAUGCUACUUAUGUUAUUCCAACCUUGAAUAAAUUUGAGAAAGAUGAUAUUAAUGCUUAUUUUUUUACUAAUUUUUAGAGCUUUCUAUUUUGUUUCCUUUCUGCAUUUGGAGGUUAUUUGGCCACUAAAUAUAUACAUAUUACUUUAUAUAGAAUUGGACCUUAUUAUAUAUCUAAAUUGAAUCUAACAAUAGGAAAACUAAUCUAUUCUACAAGAAGAAAUUUGAAAAAGAAAUCUAAAUAGUUUUAUUAUAAUGGAAUUUUAAGAAUAAUUAUGUCAAAUUCUUAUGAUGUUUGCUUUGCUACUACAAUUCAAUUAUCUUAUUUUCAAAGUUAAGAUUCUGUUUUAGUAUUCAACUCUUAUUUGUCUCUUUUGGUAUUUAUUACAUAUAUUUCUGUCUCAAUAUAUACUUUCAAUGUAAUGCAAAGUUUUUCAAAUACUUCAACUUUAAAAGUCAAAGAUAAAUAUGAUGCAUUAUUUGAAGGAGUCUAAGAAUCAAAAUCUAUAUGGGUUACACAAUUUAAUGGUGUAUUGCUUAUAAAAAAAUUAGUAUUCAUUAGCUUAAUAGUAUUUAUGUAAAAAGAAGGCCAACUUUAAACUCUAUGUAUUGCAAUUAAUUAAUCCUUAUUUUUGUGUUAUCUUAUUGCAAAUAAGCCUUUAUCAAAUCCAUAUGAGUAUUAUAAAAGUAUCAUAACUGAGAUGAUGAUUAUAUUCAACACUAUUACAUUUCUAUUUUAUGCCUAUAGAGUAGAAAUGUCUUUGAGCUUAGAAAAUUCGAUAAGUUUAGGAUGGCUACACAUUUUUACUUCCACAUCAAUUUUAGCUGUAUCAUUUAUAUUUGAUUUUAUUUAAUAAUCAAAAUUGUUAUUAGAUAAACUAAAGAAAGCAUUUCAAGGCCCAAAAGUUGAAGAUAAAGGAGCAGCUGUUACGUUAUUUUAUUGA